UGGGGAACCACAGAGGUGUAAUAGGCAUUUCUACACCUGGAUCAGCCCCAAGGACAGUAUUACCCUGUACUGCUCUUCCCAUUACUAUUUUCAGUCAUUUACGAAUAUUGGGCGGUAGUACUUUCACGUUUAAGCUUUGGCUGUUCAGAGCUCACCGUGUUUAAAUUACCUGAAUGGUGUUUAUCGCCUGGUGUGGAUCAUCCCGGCUUGUGUUGGUGCUGUCUCUUUGGAAGGGGCCAGGACUUAAGAUCGAGUUAGCCUAAAUCUGGCCCAGCAGGGUACAGAAGGGGAAGGGUUGCAGAAAACAGGCGUAUUUUCGUGCAAAGAGGUUUUUGUGCCAUUUAUUUAUGGUUUUCACCGUGGUGUGAGAGGACUAUUAAUGACAGGUUGUAUUUGCUGACCGCCUACUUUGGGCUCACGCAUGCGUUGUGCCGAAACCACCUCUCUCCCUCCUGCCUUCCUCCGCCUGGGUUGGAGAGCCCAGCGCGGCGGUUCGCAAGCCUGCUUGGCUGCCGGCGGCAGGAAAUCUGUAUCCCGCAGAAGCGCACCCUUUCUUGGUCUCAUUACAUGAGACACUUCCGCCUGCACGAGUUCUUCCGGGGUGGAGGUCACCAUGGCGGCUGCCUUGGGACGGCUGGGUCUACGCCCCGUCAAGCAGGUUCGAAUCCAAUUCUGUCCCUUCGAGAAAAACGUGGAAUCGACGAGGACCUUCCUCCAGGCGGUGAGCAGCGAGAGGGUCCGCUCCACUAAUCUCAACUGUUCAGUGAUUGCAGAUGUGAGGCACGACGGCUCCGAGCCCUGCGUGGAUGUGCUGUUCGGAGACGGGUAUCGCCUGAUUAUGCGCGGCGCCCAUCUCACAGCUCUGGAAAUGCUCAGUGCCUUCGCUUCCCACAUCCGGGCCAGGGAGGCGGCGGGCAGCGGGGACAAGCCGGGCGCUGAUGCUGGUCGCUGAAGUGCGGAAGAGACCAACGAGAUGAUUUUAGCGUGGACUAGGACACUUAACCUAAGAAGGGUUUCACUUAAUCAUUCAAAUCACUGUGUGGAGGGCCACGGAGUGCAAAAUAAAACUUAAAACCCUGCUAUCACAAA